CGCUCGGUGGUCGUUCGGCUGCACCUCCGAAUGGAGCCACCGAACACUAAAUAUACCUCCGAUUUGUUCAGAUGGUGAGCUACCUCUGAGUGUGUUCUGAGGUAGAGCAUGAAAUAGGAUUUCCGAUGUUUUCCCAUUAAUAUUUUGAAAAAUCAAAAACUACUCCACAUUCUCAAUACAACCUUAAAACCCUUUUUGGAUUUUCACUAUUGUUCCUCCAUUGCUAAACUCAGCGACAACCAGCGAACUCCAUCAGCAUUCAAGCUUGAAAAAAGAAAGAGAUCAAUCAAAGCAACGCUCGGUGGAUUUCUUAUACAAAGGCGCAAUGGAAGCCGAGAAGACUUGAGGUGCGAGUCUGUUCAGUGGCAUGAAACGGAGGAAGUGAGCUGCUAAGCGAGUUCAUGCCGAUCCUUCCCAGGUGGCGGAGCCCGAGGUGCCCCUUCCAGUCCAGGAAGCGGUAGGGGCUCCCUAUGCCAACACUACCUAUACCCGGGCUGGGCCUUCAGGCUCGGGGAGCCACGAUGAGAUUGGGAGCAUUGUGACGCCGGGCUACGCUCUCCGAAAAAGCAAGGCCGCCACUUGUCCUGAGGAGAUCGUGCAGUGGGCUGAUCUCCCUACCAAUCUCAUAGGUGCUCGAGCUGCAACUCACGCCAUGGUGGUGAACUCCUCUAUCCAUGCUUUGGCGAUCCAGGCGGAGAGGGGCUUAAAACGGGUAGAAGCUGCUGAGGCGACUUCCUGUGCUGCGCGGGCCGAGCUAUCGAGGUCUCAGAGGGAUAAAGAGGCCUUAGGAAUGGUGGUGAGACAUAUGGCCGACCUGAAGUUGGACCUGAAGCAUCAGGUCGAGUACCUUCAGGAAGAUAUUCGGGAGAAGACUCGGAUCUUUUCUCAGGUUGUCGAGGAGGCGAAGGUGAAAAUCAUCGAGGACUACAUUGCUUCAUCGCGUUUCGACGAUAUGAUGGUGGGAUCGUAUAGAUGGGGUUUCAAGUUGAGCCGAUGGAUGAUAAGGAACACGUACCCUGAGCUCGAUAUUAGUGCCAUAACCACUUCGCACAUCACUCAGGAGAUGGCUGCCGCAGCUGAUGACGACCCGGAUUCCGAAGAUGAAGCGGGACCUUCGGGUAUUAUCGAAGUCCCUUCUGAAGGUGAGGAAGAUGUGCCUCCGGGCUUGUGAGUUCGUUUGUGUUUGUUUUUGCUUUUUCUUUUUUAAACACUAUAAAGAAAACGUUUAGCAAUGAAGUAUUUUUUUU